GGGUAUACUUUUAAUCGCUAUUAUCGAUAUUGCAAUAUGUUGCUUUGGAAUUUUCGAUUCAAAAAGACUACAGCUUAUGGACAUUAAUCCAUUAGCACUUUCUGUCUACAUUGUUCACAUUACGAGCUGCACUUUGAUAAUCAUUUCUGUGUUUAAGAAUUACAAAUUUCUCGUCUUUUCAUAUCUGAUAACGGUCAAUAUACGACUCAUCUAUUCUUCACUUACUUUUUUGUGGCAUAAUAUAAUGGACUCCUUUCACAGCCCACAUUGCAUAUUAGGAUAUUUGAUUUUUGCGUUCAGCUUUUACUUUUGGUUCUGUGCCUAUUCUUGGUACAAAGCUCUCGAAACCUCGUCAAGAAUUGAGCCAAGUGCAGCAACAGCAACGUCGCCCUAACGAUCCUACAACUUUUUUCAAAUACAGCAAGAAUUAAUUUGCUAAUAUUUUUAUUAUUUAACUUUCAUAUAAAUAAAUUU